AUGAAUAACAAUUUCCUCAAAUGAUUGUGAAAACAAAUCAUACUGGGCAGGUUCAGUCGACAUAAGGGCUUUUACACUUUAGAAUUUCAGAAAGUAGUUAGCUUAUAGCAAGCUUAAAGUAAGGCAAGUUUCUAGUAUCUGAUUGGCGUGCUACCAAAAAAUUGUCUUCCAAUUAAGCUAACUUUAUUGGAAAGUUGACUUGGAAAGUUAGUCAAGAAAAAUCUCCCUAACUAUCAAGUGAAGUGAACUUAUGCACAAUUCCAUUUAAUCUUUUGUGUAAAAGAGUUCCUUGUCAAAUUGUCAAUACAAAAUACAAAUCGUGAUGGAUUUGUAGGUUGCCUGAGGGGUGUUUUGUAGACAAUAAUGUUUUUGAUAGUUUUUGUAAAAUGAACUGAAGGUAGAGGUUAAUGAAGUAAAGUAUGUGUAUAAUUUAAUUAAAUGUGUAAGGAGUAGGCAGAACUUUUUUAAAUGAUACAAUCAAUAUCAAACAUAACAUUAUGUUCACACUUAAGGUUCUAGUCAAAAUGAUAGAUUUAAAAUAACUUAUUUUCGACAUACAAUUUACGAUUUACUUUAUUUGAACAACAUAAACUUAUGAAAAUUGGCAUCAACAGCAACUUUUUUUGGGACCCAUUCGCCGAAUCUAUUUGUUUAUGUGUUUAAGAUUUUCAACAAUGUAGUCCAUCAAAUCAUUGAUCAUUUUAAAAUAAAUAAAUAAAUUAGGUGGCACAAUGUUGAGAUGGCCUAGUGUCUUACAACUUUUAAUCGUUCCUGACGAUUUUGCUGACAUUCAAAUAAAAUUUCUGAAAAAAACUUAAAACUCCAAACCAUUUUAAAAUUAGUUUUGAAGAAACUGAAUAAUGUGGGCAUAAGAUGUUUGUACAAAGAUUUCUUAGGCAAAGCUGAUAGGUAGUGUAAAAAAGAGUGAUUUAUUAUUGGUAGGAAUUAGAAAUAGAUAAGAUAAGCAUCAGGCAGAAGUUUAUGUUUUAAAUAAAUGUAAACAAAAAUCAUCUAGUUAUAAUUUGUGGUGAUGCUGGUGACUCGUGUUAGCAAAUUCUCUUUUUCUUUAUCAUUGAAAGGUUAAAUUCUUAUCACCAUAUUUAGCUUUGCAGCGUCUAUUAUUCAUAACUUAGAAUCAGACAGCAGCAGUUCUAAAAAAGAUUCCAAUGAAUACAAAAGACAAAGUUCUGUUAGCCUACUCGGGUGGGUUGGACACAAGUUGUAUUCUCAAAUGGCUACAGGAAAAGGGAUUUGAAGUUAUCUGCUUUAUUGCAGAUGUUGGACAAGAUGAAGAUUUUGAAGCAGCAAAAAAGAAAGCUUUUGGGUGUGGAGCAGAGGAAGUGAUCAUCAAAGAUGUGAAAGAGGAUUUUGUAGAAAACUACAUUUGGCCAUCCAUUCAAAUGGGAUUAGUAUAUGAAGAACGUUAUUUAUUGGGCACGUCAUUGGCAAGACCAUGUAUAUCAGUGGCCCUAGUUGAGGCUGCCAAGUCGAGAGGGGCAAAAUAUAUUGCUCAUGGAGCUACUGGAAAGGGUAAUGACCAAGUUAGGUUCGAAAUGUGUGCAUAUGCCCUUUUUCCCGAAGUUAAGAUAAUUUCUCCAUGGAGAGACGAUGAUUUCUGUAAGCGUUUCCAGGGAAGACUAGAUUUAAUUAAAUAUGCAGAGCAGAAUGGCAUACCAGUGAGUGCAAAGCCUUCUGCGCCAUGGAGUACGGAUGCAAAUAUCAUGCACAUAAGUUAUGAAUCAGGAAUUUUGGAAGAUCCUAAUCAAAUCGCUCCGAAUAAUCUUUACGAAAUGACCAAAGAUCCAAAGUUGGCACCAUCAAAACCCUAUCGUGUGAAAAUCCAUUUUCAAAACGGCCUUCCCGUCAAGGCGGAAGAUAUGCAAUCUAUGAAAACUUUCAAAAAGCCUAUAGAUAUUCUGAAAUUUUUAAAUGAAGUCGGUGGAUUAUAUGGAAUUGGACGAAUCGAUAUCGUGGAAAAUAGAUUUGUGGGCUUAAAAUCACGUGGAGUUUACGAAACUCCUGGUGGUACGAUUCUUUUUUCCGCUCACCAAGAUUUGGAGGUUUUCUGUUUAGAUAGGGAAAUCUAUCGUACCAAGUCAUAUCUAAGGGAUUCGAUGUCGGUGUACGUGUACAAUGGAUUUUGGUUUAGUCCAGAGGCUGUAUUUACAAGAAAAUGUCUUGAACUAUCUCAAGAGCAUGUUAAUGGAGAAGUAAUUAUGGAGCUAAUGCCCGGAUAUUGUAAGCCGUUGGCUCGAAAAUCAGCUCAGGAACUUUAUAAUCAAGAAUUGGUAUCAAUGGACGUACAUGGUGGUUAUGUACCAGCUGAUGCAACUGGAUUCAUAAGAAUUAAUUCGGUAAGAUCAACUGAGUUUGCUAGAGCUUACGGCAAAUAUAAAUGUUAACUUUGUAAAAUAAAUAUUUGACUCUUCAA